AUGCCAGUAUCUACAGGAGAUGACUGGUUUGAACCAAUUCCAGUUGACGAUUAUCAAACAAUUAACCAAAGAUCAGGUGAAAAUGUUCCAGAGAAGCGACCAAUAGAUCCAGAAGACAAAUUGGACGAAUUUGAAGUUACUUGUGGUCCAAUGAUAAACUUACUUGGAACCCAUGAAAACAACCAACCAAAUUAUCGUGCCACUUUAGCAUUGGUUGUUAAGAAUGCUCCUGAGAAUCAAGCACCUCCAAUCACCUAUAAGGUUGGACCCGCUAGUGAAGAGUUUAAGUCUACUGGGAAAUUUCAACAUGGCGAGUUUCCAAGUACCAAAUAUUAUGAGCGUGACGGGUAUUCCUUCUUCAGAUACUCAAUUGAUUUGACAAUGGUUGAAUAUGAGCAGAAAGUUCAGUAUGUGAUAAACAAUCACUAUAAAAAGUCAUUUCAAUUCUAUAUUCCUGCAAUUGAAGAGUCAAUGAAUGUAAUUUCAUUCUCGUGUAAUGGUUUCUCAUUAGCUGCUCCAGCCAAUGAAUUCAAAUCUUCCUUAUGGUUUGAUAUUUUAAAGAAGCACGCUGACCAACAUUAUCAUGUAAUGUUGGGUGGUGGUGAUCAAAUUUAUUGUGAUUCUAUUAAAUUAGAGUCAGAAGCUUUGAAGUCAUGGACUGAAAUCAGGAAUCCUUUGAAGAAAAACAGUUUCGAAGUUACCGAAGAAACAACCAAUGAAUUUGAAAAUUAUUAUUUACUGCAUUAUAUGGAUUGGUUUGGCAAAGGAUUUUGGCAAGGUAAGAAAGCCAGAACUUUGCAAUCGUUAUUCCCCUUAGCAAUGUCUCAAAUUCCACAAGUUAAUAUUUUUGAUGACCAUGAUAUAAUUGACGGGUUUGGAUCUUACUCUGACCAUACUAUGAAAUCACCCAUCUUUCAAGCGAUUGGGAAUACCGCAUACAAGUACUAUAUGAUUUUCCAGCAUCAUAUCAACCCUGAAGAGAAGUUACACGAACUGGAUCCUUCGUGGAUUUUAGGAACUCAACGCGGCCCAUAUAUCAGUCAAAAGAACCACUCAAACUAUAUCAGAUUAGGGAAGGAAAUCGCCUUGCUUGGUGUUGAUUGUAGAACUGAGCGAAAGUUAAAACAAGUUGUUAGUCCUUCAAGUUAUAAAAAGAUUUUCGAGCGAUUAACUAAAGAAGUUAAAGCUGCUGGCACAGACAUUAAACAUGUUCUUGUGAUGUUGGGAGUUCCUAUAUUUUAUCCUAGAUUAGUCUGGUUGGAAUGGUUAUUAACUUCAACAGUGAUGAAACCUCUUCGUCAUCUAGCAGAAAAGGGGGUAUUAAACAAAGGUUUAGUUAAUGAGUUUGAUGGAGAUGUGGAAGUUUUAGAUGAUUUGAACGAUCAUUGGUGCUCCAAACAUCACAAGGCUGAACGUAACCAAUUGAUUUAUGAUUUAACUGAAUUUGGAGCUAAGAAUGCUAUUAGAAUCACAAUUUUAUCGGGAGAUGUCCAUUUGUGUUGUAUUGGAAGAAUGAAGUCUAAAUUCCACCAUCAUCCAAAUGCUCAUUUGUUGAUUGGUGAAGAUAUUGAAGAAUUGAAUGACGAUGUUACCGAUUUCCCCGAGAAAGAUCCAAGAUUGAUGUUUAAUGUUAUCAGCUCUGCUGUUACUAAUGAACCACCACCAGAUGCCAUGGCAAAUUUGCUUAACAAGAGAAGUAGAAUUCAUAGAUAUAACCGAGACACUGAUGAAGAUAUUGUUCCAAUUUUCAUAACUGAACCCGAUGGAAGUAAAAGAGCCAACAAGCAAUUUUUAAAUAGAAGAAAUUGGAGUGAUUUGGUUCUUGCGAAACAAUCAAAGUACAAGGAUUUAGUUGUUGAUGAUCCUGAACAAGUUCUCAGAAGAUUCCCACAACCAGUUUUUGAAAAAGAGCCAAGUCAUGAUUACUUGAAGGGAGAAGAGCCAAAUGAACGUAAUGUUAAAUAUCCACUUUAUUCAGACUCCCUUGUUACUACAUUGAGAGUUGAACGUGACAGUAAUGAUUACCAAUCAUCUACUACUUCAUAUGAACUUUUCAUUCCAAAAUUAUUUGGAAAUUAUAAAUUGGAAGACGCUCCCGUUAAACAUCUCCAUCACCAUUAA